GUGGGAGUGCAAAAGGAAAGGGCAGAGCGUGCCUCAGGCCGGGUGCAAAAGCCAGGGCUUGGUUGCAUUGGCUGCUUUGCAAUCGUUUCCCAGGGAAGCAAGAUGCAAACAAUGAACAGGCUGCAUCUUCUGCUCUGACCUCUCUUGAACUGCUUUGGCUCCAAGGUAGUGGAUCCUGGGAGUUGUAGUUCGGCCGGAAAGGCUCCAGACCUUGGGAAACUACAACUCCCGGCAGCCAUUCCACAAUGUAGGAGAGGCGUCUGAAGCCCUGGCCAAGCGUGGAUGGCUGUUCCUGCUGGGACUUGGCUUUGCGGGAUCCAUGAAGGCCUCGGCCGAGCUGGGCAUUGCCGCCCUCCAGUUCCAGCGCCAGGCGAGAGGCCCCCGGGUCAAGGCCAAGGCCUCCUUCGUGGACGAGACCCUCUUUGGCAGCUCCGCGGGGCGUCAGGUCCCGGCCGUGGAGUUUGACCCUCCCUGGGCGGAGAGCACAGCCCCUUCCCCGAGACCCUUACUGUGGAGCCCCGAGGUGGGUGCCAGCCCCGCCAAGGGCCCUCCGUCCGCUGGCACCCCAAGAAAGAGAAAUAAAUACAGGCUGAAAAGUCACACUCCAUCCUAUUGCGACGAGACUCUCUUUGGACCCAAACCCGGGGAGCAGGAAUGGGCCGCCUCUUGGAUGUCCGGCAGCGACGUGGCCAAGCUUUGCCCGCUACUUUUGACGCCGCCUUCCGCCUUGAGAGACCGGCUUGCCCUGUCCCCUCGCCCAAAGGCGACGCCGCUGAGAGCCGUCCACCAGGAAAAGGGGAAAGAAGGCGCCGGAGCCCUGCGCAGAAGGGAAGAUGCUUUCCGGAGACCCCAAGAGAGCGGUUCGGACAGGACCAACCAGGCUGACCUGAGGAGAAGACGCUCGUGUUCCCUUACCCGGCUGUGUAGUGCUUCGGAUCGGGCUCCGCCUUUGGCGAAUAACCCAAGGACAAGUACGCGGCAGGAUCGAGCCCUUCUGGUUCCCUCCACGGGGUCUUUUGCGAGACCAUGUUCGCAGGGUUUCUCCGUAUCUACCAAGGCAACACGGUCGAGCGACUCCUGUAAACCCAAACCUCCUUGGAAGUAAGAUGGCUAAGGAAAUGACCACCCAAUGUUGGGGUCUCUAUGGAGUAGUUGUGCUAGGUGUCAUUCCCAUUUGUAGACUUUGCCUUCUUUCCUUGGUGCACAUGAUGUGGGGUAGACGGAGGUGUGUUCAUACUGUGCAAUUAUAGCAGUUUGAUGCCAUUUUAGCUACCUUGGUCCCAUCCCAUCAUUGAAUAAUAUUUGCAACUGUCUUCCCGCCCCAGGAAGAGGUUUUAGAUGUACAUGUGUGCCUUCAACUCACUUAUAGACUUAUUGUGACCUUAUCUCCAGCAAGGAAUUUUCAAGAGGCGGCUUUGCCACUUCCUUCCUGUGAAAGAGGGCCUACAACACUUAGGAUUCAUUGAUGGCAUCCCAUCCAAGUCCUAACCAUGGCUGAGCGGGCUUUGCUUCAAGAUCAGGCGGCAUCUGAUGCCUUUAGAGUUUUUCCAAUGUUAUCUCGAGUAGAGGUGGGUGAGAAAUAAAAUAGUAAUAGUAAUAAUAAUAAACCAAUCUGAUUAUACUGAAAAUAUCUGAGGAUGAGCCCAAUGUGUCUAGAUCGCCAAAAUAAAAUCGGAAAGAACAGGC